AUGGAUACUUAUAACACAAACCAUUCUUCAAAGAUUACGAAUGAAAAUGAUGAAAAUAUAAUAGUAGAUAGGAACCGAAAAAAUAAAAAUUAUGGGAAUUAUAUAAAUAAAGAUAAUAAUGAUACUUAUUAUAAAAAUAAAAUAUCUAAUGAUAAAAAAGACGGCACUAAAUUGAAAGUGGAUGAAACUAAAAAUAAGACAGAACUAAUUGUAGAAACAGAAGAUAAUGAAUAUAUUGCUACAGAUGAGAGUAGCAGUAAUUUAAGUGAUGAUUUAGACAAUGAACUAGUUGAAGAAAAUGAUAUCGAAAAAAGAAAUGAACUAAAAGAAUUAGCAAAUAUAUGUUUAGAAAAUAAUUUGACUAUAAAUAAUGAAAAUAUCCAAAUUAUUAGAAAAUUAAAAGAGAAAAGAAGGUUAGAAGAUCGAUUAAAAAAAAAUGAAGAUAUAAAAGAUUUUGAAGAAAAAAGACAAAUUUUAGAGAAAAUUGAAUAUCAUGAAUGGGCUGAUAGAGAAAAACGAAUAAAAGAAUUACAAGAGAAAAAAAUGAAACUAUUAAAAAAAGUUAUAAUUCAAAGAGAUACAGAAAAAGCAGAUAAAAUAUUUUAUGAAGUAGAAAAAGUAAUACAAAAUAGAGAUAAAAAUAAAGAUCAAAUUAUCGAAAAUUUUGAAAAGGAAAAAGCUAAAGAUAUUCGAAAUCAAUUUAUUCAAAAAAAAAAUAAUUUAAAAACAAUUUUUAGUAAAAAAACAGAUGUAAUAGAUGACAUGAAUGAUUAUACAUCAAACUAUAACUUAGAAUUAGAAAGAAAUGGAAUUAUCCCCCCAAAAUUAGAUGAACCAACUUCAAACAAAAUCGAUAAUUUAUUAAAUAGCAAUGAUAUAGAUUCUUUGACUAGCACAUUUAAUAAAUCAUUAGAUUCUAUGUAUAAAGAUAAGAAAUAUGACAAAUUGUCAAAAUAUGAAAAGAAAAAAAACAAAGAUGUUAUUGAUACAUUUUAUAGAUACUUAAAUAAAGAAGAAAAACAAUAUACUUGCGAUGACUAUUUAAUAAGUGAUACAAAUAAAACAGCAAAAAAAAUGCAGUGUAUAAAAAUUAACUUCCCAUCUAUAGAUAUAAAAAAUAGUGAAGAAGACACUUUUGAAAAAAAUGUCUUAUAUUUACAAAAUUUAUUAAGAGGAAAAGCUAUCAAAAAACUUAUGGACGAUGGAAAACAUUCUUGCAUUGAUUUAAUUGAAGAAUUAAAAACGUAUGCAAAAAUAGAUCAAUAUAGUUCAGAUGAAAAAGAAGCUUUUGAGAAAGAAAAUUUGGACGAAAUAAAAAUUGAUGCAUAUCUUGAAAAUAUGCAAGGAAAAUAUACAUCAGAAUUAUUAGAUGCCUUAUCUAAUGAAUUAGAAAAAUAUGAAGAGGAAAGAAAAAUUGCUAUUUUAGUUAAAUAUGCUGAAAGAGAGAGACGAUUGAAAGAAUGCAAAGAAAAAGGAAAAAGACAAGCUGAACUAUUAUUAAGAGAAAAAGAAGACUAUUUAUUUAAUGAAAUUAUGGGAUUAAACAAUCAAACCGUUGAUUCAUAUCUAGAAGACAUUUUAACUAAAGCUAUAAAUGAUUCAUCAAAAGAAGAAGCAUUAGCUCGAACUAAAAAAAAAACAGAACAAUUAAAUGAAAUUUAUAAUUCAUUGGACAGUCAAAAUGAUGAACAUAAUAAAUUCAUUGUCAAAGAUUUGGUAGGAAAUUUCAUUAUUCCAUAUGUAGAUAAACAAAGAGGUGCAGAAUUCGAUUUAUUGGAACAAAAAAAAAAUAAUUACAUAUCUAAUUUUGCAACGCAACACGUUUUUUCAAAAAUUAAUGAAGCAUUUUAA